AUGUUCGAGCUGAUACGGUGCAACGAGAGAUGGAUGAAAAGAAGAUCCAUUGAAGAACUCAAGAUACGAACGAUGUAUGAUUCCACUAUAUAUGUCGACGUAUAUUGUCCCGAGGAAGGAAUAAAAAAGUCAUUGUAUAUUGGACAAGCCCUCAAUCUGGUUCUGAAGGAUUAUCUAAUUAUGAGUGGUCAGUGCAAAACGUCUGACAUUGCAUCCUCUAUAAAGUUUGAACAUUGCCUUUUGAAGAUAUUCAGAAGCGCUGAUGUCCGCAGUCUGGAGUUCCCCGAGGUUAGCAGAAACUUUUUUACUUUGUGA